CAUUUAGAGAUUGAGCCGGCAGAAUUUGAAGAAAAGUGGAACAAAGUUAUUUCAGAAUUCCAUUUGAACGAUCAUGAAUGGUUGACAUACAUGUACAACAUACGUGAUAUGUGGAUUCCAGCGUAUUUCAGAGAUUUAUUUUUGGGUGGCAUUAUGAGAACCACAUCUAGAUCAGAAAGUGAAAAUAAUUUUUUCACUAUGUUCACAAAUCCCCAUCUCACUUUGAUUGAGUUCUACAUGAGGUUUGAAUGUGCAUUGGAUGCUCAAAGGCACACUCAAAAUAAAAUGGAUAAUGAUUCGAAGAAUAAGCGUCCGGAGUGUAAGACUCCAAUUCCUUUAGAGAAAGAUGCUUCUGAAUUGUUUACAACAACAAUUUUCUAUGAAUUUCAAUAUGAGCUUGAAAUUGGAUGUUUUAAUUGUGGUGUUGAGGAGAUGAAGAAGGACAAUGAGCUUUACAUUUUCAAUUUGAGGGAAGGAACUAGAAGGAGGACUUUUGAUGUUGUUUUUGAUCCAACUACCUUUGAUACCAAGUGUUUUUGUAAAAAAUUUGAACGUGAUGGUGUGCCUUGUAGGCAUAUGAUUUGGGUGUGGAAGGCAAGGAUGUUAGAAAAAAUUCCCAAGGCCUACAUUCUAAAUAGAUGGUGUACAAUGGCUUAUAAGAAGCCCAUUUUUGAUUUAGAGGGUAAUGUGUUGGAGGAAUGUAUUAAUGCAGUAGAUAAGAAAAUGUUAUUAAAUGAUUUGUGGUCUGAAAUUCAUGCUUGUGUGAGUUUAGUGCAAAACAAUGAAGAUGAUCUUAGUGAUCUUGUCAAAAAACUUCGAGCCAUGAGGGCAGAUUUGGAACAGAAGAAAACAAAUGGAAGCAACAAUCUUUCGAGCAAAGUUAAAGACAUUGAAAUGCUUAUUGGAGCUAGUCUACCUUCUAAUGUUUUAAUCAAACCUCCUAAAAUUUCGAAGAACAAAGGCACGGGGGUUCAUGUUCCAAAUCAGGUCAAUGUUCCAAAUGAUGUCCAUGUUCCAAAUCAGGUUCAUGUUCCAAAUCAGGUAAAUGUUCCAAAUGAUGUCCAUGUUCCAAAUGAUGUCCAUGUUCCAAAUGAGGUUCAUGUUCCAAAUAGUGACAAAAGAAUGAAGAGUGACAGAGAAAAGUCUAUUGAACAAAGUCAAAAGAAGAAGAGAUUAUGUAGAGCAUGUGGGGAGCUUGGUUAUCAUGAUAGUCGUAAUUGCCCUGGAAAAGUCAAGUGAUAUUGUAAGUAAACUUUAUUUUUAAUUUUCUUAUAUUUAUUUUGUUCUAAAGUAAUUAUGUUUUAAGCAAGUUUAGAACAUAAAGU